GCCAUGUUUUCAGAGAUGUUCUGCACCAAAAACAAUACGCAUGUUAAUCCUCUCUCUCAACUCUCAACCAUUUUGUUUCUCCCUACCUAUCUACUACUCUAUAAAAAGAGUGCUUCACAAGCCAUGAGAAUUAGAAUAAGAGCAUAAUAAUAAUAAUCAAAAGAAAACCGCAUUGGCAUUGUGAUGGAGAGUGGGAAUAAUACUAAUCAUGAGUUGGAGAUGGAAAUGGAGAGUGGAGGGAGUAAUGGUAAUGAGGGGGUUGCAGCGAGUUCGCGGUGGAACCCUACAAAAGAGCAAAUAAGCAUGCUAGAGAAUUUGUAUAAGCAGGGAAUAAAGACUCCGAGUGCUGAGGAGAUACAGCAGAUAACUGCUAGGCUUAGGGCGUAUGGUCACAUCGAAGGAAAGAAUGUCUUCUACUGGUUUCAGAACCACAAAGCCAGACAGAGACAGAAGCAGAAGCAAGAAACCUUUGCUUACUUCAAUCGCUUUCUUCAUACGCCUCAGCCUUUUUUUUCUCCGCCAAUUUGCCCAAAUGCCAUGUGUGCCCCAUAUUACAUACCUCAGGGACAGGGUGAAAUUGGGUUUUAUCCCCCACACCAAAAGGUAUUUGUACCCGUAGGUUUUAGGAGGAGCCCCUCUGAGAAAGUUGUGCCCACAGGCAUGAUAAGUAGUAAUGGCCCUCUGGUAUACGACGGCAUGCAUCAAAUGCAACAGAGAAUCUCGGAUUGCAGCAACUCUCACUUCAGUCACCAAGAAACGUUGGAUCUUUUCCCUCUGCACCCAACCGGCAUUUUGGAAGGGAAAACAACAACAACAACAGGCCAGGUGUCUUCUCUGGCUUCAGUAGUUUCUGCUGAUAGUUCCACUGAUACACCUUCUGCUGAUGACAUCAAUGAAGAUGAUCAUGCUUCCCCACUGAACCAACCCUUCUUUGAUUUUUUUACUACUUCUGGACAAGGUUCUUAUUAAGAUAUAGAGACUAAUUAUUUAAUGUCGUUACUGGCUUAAACUUCCAACAAGCAACUUUGAAUUCCGCAUAAUUCA